AUGUCUUCUCAACCCAAGAAGACCGCGACGGGCUCGCGCUUCGUGCUGCCUGCCCUCAACCUGAAUUUUGGCAGCAUUACCGACGGCACCGACAUCCCUCCCCCUCCGGAGUCUCCGAUUGAGCCGAUUACGCCCUCCAAAACGUCCAAGGCCAGCAACGAGAGCUCCGAGGCCAAAGAAACUGCUGCGACGGCGUACGAGAACAAGGCUGGCGUGAAAAGUGUUGCGGAAAACGCGCCGCCCAGUCCCGCGGCGUCUGGCCGACAGGAAAGCAUCACUCAAGAGAGCGGACGCAGCGCCGCCAAUGCGUAUCGCCCAGUCAGCCAGAGCGGCGUCAGCGCCGUAGAGUCUGAGAAAACGAAGCGCGCGAGCGGCUGGUUCAAGCGUCUAAGGUCGGGAGACACCCAGUCAAGGAGACGAUCGAGUCUCCUCAGCCUCGAACAACAUAUACCCGCGACGCCCAAAUUGACUUCCAAGUCUGAGAAACCACCUCCUAAGAUUCCCCAACUCAAACAGCUCGAGAGCGACAAAGGCGCCUUUGGAUCAAAUUUAUUCGAUCACAUUAAAUAA